GAUUUAACGAAGUGCUUUAAUGUUUGUUGAAAAUUGUUUAGUCAUUUUUGCAGAUUCUGUCGAGGGAAAAAAAGAAGUUUAUUUCGAUGCUGCGGCAUCGACCAAUCAGAGAUGAGAUUACACGCUAACCUGCGUAAAGCCACGCCCAUAAGAGAGCUGAACUCAUAACAGCGCUGCAUUCUGUACAGUGAGCAUCCACAUCGCGUGUUUCCUCGGAUAGUUAUUGAUCAGAUGCCUCAUUGACCAAAUGAGGUCUGAAACGAGUUUGGAUGUCCAGGUUGUGUUGCAGGUAUUUGUCUAGACUGAAAUGGAGAAGAAGGAUUUGAAUAAGUGGCCUGAGGGCAAUCCAAAGCCAGCUCACUUCUCCUCGUGCAAAUGUUUCACAAUAGCUGCCAUACUGAUUCUGCUCAUCAUUGGAGCUGCUGUGGGUUUCAUGACAGCUUACUUAGUACCAGAAGAACAUUAUUUCAUGGAGACAGUGGAAUUACAAGGGCUCAGUUAUGACCCAGACCUACAAGAUAAAACAUCAGGAUUCUCUCUAGUUUUGUCCGCAACUCUGAAAGCAAAGAUAAAGAAUAUCUUUAGCGCCUCUUCAGUGGCACAUCAUUUUACAGACUGCCAGAUUGUUGCUUAUGGGAACAUCAACGCGAAUGUGAUGACCACUUUUCGUUUGGUCUUUCGGAUCGCUCAUGCCCAGGGUUACACAGAGAACUUAAUUCAAGAUCUCCUCCGCUCUGGAUUGAAGGUCAUGUUGAAUGGAAAACCCAUCGCAGUUCCAGAAUACGGAGAGAUCAGUAGCAUCAUCCUUCUUGGGGCAAGUGGAAAGUCAUUCUAUGAGAUCGGGAAUGACAUGAGUAAAUGUCCUGAGAACACAUUCACUUGUGACAAUGGCGAGUGCAUCACAAAGCCAAACCCAGAGUGUGACUUUAUAUCCGACUGCGUAGAUGGUUCGGAUGAAGCCUUUUGCUCCUGUGGAACACGUCCAGCCAUGGGUAGCCGCGUUGUAGGGGGCGAGAAUGCCCAUCAUGGUGAGCUACCCUGGCAGGUCAGUCUGAGACUACGUGGCCGCCAUACCUGUGGGGCCUCCAUCAUCAACAAUCGCUGGCUUGUGAGCGCCGCUCAUUGUUUUGAAACAGAGAACAACCCCAAAGAUUGGACGGCUCUAAUAGGAGCCAAUCUGGUCAGUGGAGAGGAAGGAGAGGCCACCACGCUAAACAUCAAGUCCUUGACCGUCUCUCCAGACUAUGAUCCCAUGACGACGGACAGUGACGUGACUGUACUGGAGUUGGAAACACCCUUGAAGUUCAGCCCUUACAUUCAGCCAGUCUGUAUCCCAUCAUCCUCUCACAUUUUCAGUCCUGGACAGAACUGCAUCGUCUCUGGUUGGGGAGCUCUCAGUCAGUACACGAGUGAUGUGCCAUCAACAUUACAAAAGGCAAUAGUGCGGAUCAUUGAUUCAAAAGUCUGCAACAAGUCAUCUGUUUACAGAGGGGCAGUCACACAAAACAUGAUGUGUGCUGGUUUUCUUCAAGGGAAGGUGGAUUCCUGUCAGGGAGACUCUGGGGGCCCUCUAGUAUGUGAGGUGACCCCUGGACGUUUUUUCCUAGCGGGUGUGGUGAGUUGGGGAGUGGGAUGCGCACAGAUUAACAAACCUGGGGUUUAUUCCCGAGUCACCAAGCUCCGCAACUGGAUCCUAAGCUACAUCGAUUCCGCAACGGCUCAUGUUGCCCCCACUUUCCCUAGUGUCACAACUACUGCAGUUCACCUUGAUAAAGCAAUUGAACUAUCCUCUGACUUCGCCAGUAAUGAAUAUAACCUUUCACCUGCGAACUGCAGUGGUAAUUAUAACUGUGGUGAAGGCGUGUGUAUAAGCAAGAUAAACCCAGAGUGCGACAAAGUUGUCGACUGCUCCAAUGAGGCAGAUGAGAAAAACUGUGACUGCGGGCACCGUCCAGCCGUGGGCCAAAAGAGGAUCAUUGGGGGCGUCACUGCCCGAAGAGGUGAAUGGCCUUGGGUGGGCAGCCUGCAGUACCAGCGUGUUCACCGCUGCGGAGCUACGCUAAUCCACUGCAAAUGGCUCCUAACUGCAGCUCACUGCUUCAGAGGCGAGCUGAAUGCCGCUGGCUGGACAGUAAGUCUUGGCUCAGUCAUUUGGUCUGGAGUGGGUGCUCUGGCGAUUCCAGUGCAAAGGAUCAUCCCUCACCCUGCUUUCAAUAACACCAACAUGGACUUUGACGUGGCCCUGGUGGAGCUCUCCAUCCCAGCCCCCAAGUCCUACACCAUCCAGACUGUUUGCUUGCCUUCUCCCUUCCAUACCUUUAUGAAAAGAAUGGAGUGCUACAUCGUGGGAUGGGGCGCAGUUAGGGAGGAUGGUAUGAUAACCAAUUUGCUGCAGAAAGCGCAGGUUAGCGUUAUUGAUCAGAUGGACUGCCAGCAAGCUUAUGGUGCUGAACUUACCGACAACAUGAUGUGUGCUGGCUCCAUGCAGGGGGAUAGGGACACAUGUAUGGGAGACUCAGGGGGACCUCUGGUGUGCCAUGAACCCCAGGGCCAGUGGUUCCUGGCUGGGGUGACCAGUUGGGGUCACGGCUGCGGUCGCAUCGGCUACCCCGGAGUUUACAUGCGGGUUACGGCUAUUAGGGAAUGGAUCUCUAUAUACCUCACUUUUUAAACAUAAUGAAGGUACUAUCUGGAAUUGCUGUCAACAAUUUUUUACACAAGUAAUGUGCAGUCAUGCUUCUUAACCUAAGAGGAUCCAUCAAACUCGGAGCUUCUGUUGCUUCUGCUGCGCUGAUGUUCAUACUGUUACAUAUUUAUUUUUUGGUAUUUAUUUACAAUGCAUUCUGAUGUAUGAUACAUUAAAAACCUCAAUGUGGUACAGGGGUUGAGGCAAACCGUAGUCAGGCCCAUAUGGAGUCACUGACUUUAUUAGCAUUUCUUCAAGUUUUCAAGAGAAAAUUGGAUUUGGAAUGAAUUUAAAACUGAAGCCAUACUUCACUUGGCAAAGUUAUUUAAUUUACAAACAUGGAAAGGGACAGGGUAUAUAUAGAACAAUGUCAAUAAUGGGCUUUCAAGUUCUGUAGAAAUCUACAGCUACAGAUUCCAUGUGGGCCUAUGCGUAACUCAUAGUGCUCAGAAAUAUAAAGAUAUAAUCAAGUUAAGGUUCCCUAUAGAGACUAAAUAGCCAAGGAACUAAAAUUUGGCAACAUUUGUUUAUCCUGCAUAUCAAGGGUAUUGGGGUAUUGCCCCCCUUGUUUUUCCUUGAGCCGGACUGAUUGAUGAUCAAUCUGUUGCUUAACCUCCAUCCUAGUACCAGUCCUGGUAGACGUCAUAUUUUACGCAUAACAAAAUGAGGCCGUGAGAAAUAAAUGUACCGUCCAUUUAAUUGGUUGUACUUUCUUAGUGUCUUGGAUCACAUGAAAACAAUAAGUUUUUU